AUGCUUAUUGUUGGUCUUACCGGUGGAAUAGGAUGUGGUAAGUCCACUGUAUCUAAACAACUCCAAUCAAAACAUAAAUUAACUGUGGUAGAUGCAGAUCUAAUUGCUCGUGAAGUAGUAUACCCAGGUAAACCCGCCUAUAACAAAAUCAUAGCUUCCUUUGGAGAUAUCGUGCCUAAUCUAGUCAAUGACGAUCGUAGUUUGAAUAGAGCUGCUUUGGGGCAAGCUGUGUUUGGAAAUAAGGAAAGAUUGGCCGUGUUGAAUGCAAUUGUACAUCCCGCUGUCAAGUAUGAAAUGGCAUGGCAAAUCUUUAAAGCUUACAUUCGUUGUAAUCGAGUAGUGAUUUUAGAUGUUCCCUUGUUAUAUGAGAGUAAAUUGGAUUUGUUAUGUGGGUUAGUAGUAACCGUUUCAUGUGAUAGAGAAACACAAAUUGAACGACUUGUAAGUAGAAAUCCUGAGUUGUCUCGUGAAGAUAUUGAAAAGAGAAUACUGAGCCAAAUGUCAAAUGAAGAACGGAAUUACCGCAGUGAUAUCGUAUUGGAAAACAACAAGAGUUUGGCAAUGUUACACAUUUCUAUAGAUUCAUUGGUGCACGAAAUCAAACCAAAUCUUUUAUGGUAUUUGGCAGAUUUGUUUCCUCCCGUUGCCAUUGUUUCUGCAUUGUUCACUUUUGCUGUUAGAAGAAUAACCGAGCGUUUCAAAGGUACUAAACCGAAAAGUAAUUAG